UUCCUCUAUCUCUUUCUCUUGCUCCACCACUACUACGAUCUCUCCUCCUUUCCUCCCGCAGAGCCCAUGGCUGAUCGGUCCUCCACCUUUCGAGUCUGAAAGCCACCACAGAUUAUUUGCUCGCUCGCUCUCUCUCUCUCUCUCUCUCUCUUCUGGAAUGCUGUGUCCUAAGUUCUAUUGAUCCUUUCGAAAAGAGAGGCUACUUUUUCUAUGCUGUUGGCGGUGCUUCUGCACUUUUGCUUCCCGUGCUACUAUAUCAGAAGAAUGAGCAGUUUCAGCUCCAUCUUUGCUGUUCCCUCUGCAGUUUAGCCAAGAAGACUCCUCUGCAGUUUCCUCCUCUCGUUAUCCUGGACACCUGCUAUGGACUCAGGAAACAGCAGCAGCCUCCAGUCCUCCAGCGGCGGAGACGACGACUUCGACUGCCGCGUCGACUCCCUCUCCGCCUUCUUCCACUCCUCCCCACCAGCCGCCGCCGCCGCCCUCCCGCCUUCCCGGUCACCACCACCACUCUCCUCCUCCUACGACGGCCACCACUUCUUCGACGACUCAUCUCUCCCCUACCUGGACUCCUCAGCCCCGCUCCUUCCCAUCGGCUCCUCCACCACCGCCCCUUGGCCACGCCACCUCAUCCCCAGCUCCUCCAAUUGCAUCACCGCCGCCACCGCCGCAGCAGCCUCACUCGGGGCCCAUCCCGUGGCUACUAGCCUGUUGUCGUCGUCGUCGAUGCAACCACAACUCGAGCAGCCCAUCGGCGCCGCUGCAGCGGCGGCGGCGCCAAGGAGCUCGAAGAAGCGCUCCAGGGCCUCACGACGGGCCCCUACCACCGUGCUCACCACCGACACCUCCAACUUCCGCGCCAUGGUCCAAGAAUUCACCGGCAUACCCUCCCCUCCCUUCUCCGUCGCCUCUACGUCCCCUUUCGCGCGAUCUCGCUUCGACCUCUACUACCCCGCUGACGCGCCUCCUCCCCACUUCCUCCUCCGUCCCUUACCCAAGAAACUCCAAGCUCCUCCCUCCUUUACUGCUAAUCCCAUCUCUUCUCUUCCACCUCCUCGUCCUUUGAGCACCACCAACACUGCUGCUGCUAGUGCCAACACCAAAAUUCCUACUGAUGACUCUAACUACCGGUCACCUUCUCAUGAUCUUGGUCUUGCCGGAGGCCAAAGGCAACCUCUUGUAAGCCACCAAAGCCCCAUCCUCAACUUCCAAAACCUCCUCCAACCCUCACAACUCCAAGCAAAGUACACUCUUCCCGCCAUAGCGGCAAGCUACAACGCAAAGCUGCACAUGACACCCUCAGACGCGUACAAAGCACAUGAGCUCGGCGGUCUUCCGCCAGGGCUUAUCGGGUCCGAAGCAUUGCAUUCGAGCUGGACGGACGGCGGCGCUGAUCUAGCGCACUUGAGGCCAGCCGCCAUCGAUGACUUCUUGGACUCACAACUACGAGUCGGCAGCGGUUGGAAGCCGAACUACUCGGCUUCGGGGCCCCCCUCGGAGUUUACCGGGGACAAGGUAUCGGGGAGCGUCGUGGCAACGAGAGGCGAGGGCAUGGUGGAGUCAUGGAUUCAUUAUUCUGAUUAGGAGAUAGGGAAGAGCGUUGUAGUUAGGUCGAGAAGGAGGACGAAGAAGAGCUCUCGCUGCUUUUUCUUCUAAUGCAUGUGACAUAUGUAGCACCAGUACUGGUGAGUAUACAUGAUUCUCCCUUCUUUGUCUUCUCUGUUUGGUGUGUAGAUAGGGUUUCUCCAGGCCGUUCUUUUCA